AUGGUGUACAACCGAUUAUUGCUGCUACUGUCAUUGGUGUGCUUCUCUACCUUCACCGAUGGUGUUAAAGUGAGAAGAGUCAAGGCCGGAAAGAAGUACAAGGAACACGAAGCUGUUCACAUUGUGGUCAACAAAGUCGGUCCCUUCAAUAACCCAACGGAGACCUAUCGAUACUACUCUCUACCAUUCUGCCAUGAGCAUUCAACAGAAGAAGAGGAGGUUGAGGCUGCUGAAGUGGAAAAUGUUGAGAUUGUUGCCCUAGAAUCAGAAAAACGUGAGGGUAAAUUGAGUCACAAACAACGCUUUGGAGAAUCCAUGGUCGGAGAUCGCCGGGAGACUUCCCCUUAUGAAAUUUCCUUUGCUGAUAGUGUUGAGUGGCGUCUGUUGUGUAAGAAGCUUCUCACGCCAGCUGACUUGAAGAAGCUUAAGGAUGCCAUCCACAACAACUACUUUUUUGAAAUGUUUGUUGAGGACCUUCCAAUGUGGGGAUACGUUGGUGAUACCGCUGAUGAGGAUAUUCUUGUCGGAGAAGUUGAAGGAAGCAAGGUCUACCUUUUUACCCAUCUUCACUUCUUCCUUGGCCACAACAACAAUCAAGUCGUCUCUGCCAAGGUCACUACUGAUCUGGAUCGUCGGGUUGAUAUUACAAAAGAAGAUGUGAACCACCAUGUCCAAUUCUCUUAUUCUGUUGAAUGGUUUGAGGAACCGAACCUUACUUGGAAGAACAGAAUGACCAGAUAUGCCCAAUCUCGAUUCUUGCCAAACUCUUUUGAGAUUCACUGGCUGUCAAUCAUCAACUCUAUUGUUUUGGUUUUGCUGUUGACCGCAUUCCUAACCAUCAUUCUUCUGAGAGUGCUGAAGAAUGAUUUCUCCCGUUACAUGGAACUUGAUGAUGAUGUCAUGGACGAAGAAGAGUCUGGAUGGAAGCUUAUUCACGGCGAUGUCUUCCGAUUCCCAAUCAACCCAGUUCUUUUCUGCUCUGCUGUUGGUGUCGGAAACCAGCUUAUGCUGACUACAUUCUUCCAUUUGUGUUUGGCACUUACUGGCCUGAUUUCCACCACUCGACGCGGAUCAAUCUUGGCUGGAUGCGUGGUCUUGUACUGUCUGACAUCUUUCAUCGGUGGAUAUACGGCAGUGCGUCUUUUCAGACAGAUGAAGCAAACAAAUUGGGUUCAGUGCAUCAUUACUACCGCACUCUUGUUCCCUGCUCCAUGUACCUUUGUUUUCUUGUGGGUUAACUCCAUCGCAUUGGCACAUGGCUCGACUAGUGCCCUUCCAGUCACUGCCAUCUUGACUGUCACAGCUUUGUUUAUCUUUAUCGCUUUCCCCCUUACUGUUUUUGGUGGAAUCGUUGCAAAGAACUACGCCAGCGCAGAUUUUGGAGCUCCCACUCGAACCAGCAAGGUCCCUCGCGAAAUCCCUACAGAGUUCCCUUGGUACAGAUCUCGUGAAUUCCAAGUAAUCAUCGCUGGGUUCUUGCCAUUUUCUGCAAUCUACAUCGAACUACACUACAUUUUUGCCUCGAUGUGGGGACACCAAAUUUACACUCUUUUCGGAAUUCUUCUCCUUGCAUUCCUGCUUUUGGUCAUUGUUACAUCUUUCAUCACCGUGGCUCUCUUGUACUUCCAACUAGCAAGAGAAGAUCACCGUUGGUGGUGGGCGGCUUACGUCAAUGGUGGUAUGACCGGAGUUUUCAUCUACGCCUACUCCUUCUACUACUACUUCCACAGAAGCGGAAUGAGCGGUGUCUUGCAAUCAUCGUUCUAUUUUGGAUACAUGGCUAUUAUGUCUUUCGGCUUCUUUUUGAUGCUUGGAAGUGCUGGCUUCCAAUUUAGCUUGAUCUUUGUCAAGUACAUUUACGCUCGGGUAAAAUGCGAUUAA